AUGGGCAGUGCAAUAGGUCUCCAGCAACCCGGCGCCGAGAUGCCUUUGCCAAAGCCAGAGGAUACCAUCAUGCGCUGUAAGAUGUUGAACUCUGCGGGCGAGUGCUACAUGGUCCAUGGCGACUUCUGUAGCACCUGGGAGGCCUCCCAGUACUCCUAUGAUAAGGCCAUCGCAUUGCAGGAAGAGUCCUAUGGUCUAUAUCUGCAGGUGCUGGGUCCCAAGAAGCCGUUGACGGGUUGGGCGAUGGAGGAUUUGGCCCAAGCAUAUCAGAGGCGUGGUCGAUUGGAGGAGGCCAAGCUGUUGGUCCUUCAAGCUUUUCAAGUGGAGUGCUCGAAGGACAUCAUCAAGCUCUCUUCCAUGGCACGUCUUCUUGAUUCUUUGCUGGAGCUACACCAGGCCACCAGCGAUAUCUCGGGCUUGGCUGCGUGCCAGGAUGCCAUCAAUGAGGGCUUGACGAAUCUGCAGAAGCGGGGAAUUCCCGGCGCAGAGGCGGCCAGCUAUGCUGCGCUGCUGCAGAAGAUCGCCACGAUGUUGCUGCGCCAUGAUGAGGGACACAAUCGCCCCGGAGCCAUCGAACUCCUGGAGGAAGGUCUUCAGUGGCUCCGAAGGCCUAGAGAGUCCAGGAGUGAGGAGGAGGCGGCAACGCAAGACGAGGAGCGACACCUCUAUAUGCCGAAGGCGGGUCAACAAGAACUCGCGGUGGAUCCGGCAGCCUUGGAGCGGUCCAUCGAGGAUCAGUUGCAGCACUUGCGGCAGAUCACCCUCUCGGGACCAGUCUCAGAGACACCGCAGGCCGCCGCGGCCGCGCGUUCCUCGCCGCCCACGGACUUCGAAGUGGUCGAUGAUGCCGUAAAGUCUCCCAUGUGCUUCACAGCGGUGGAUUGA